AUGGGUGUCACAGCAAAACAGGUAUGGGACGUAUUCUUGGCAAGUUAAAGCUUCCUAAUAGAUACUUUUAUAAUUGGGCAGGUUUAUUCUGUGCAACUUAUGUAAUACCUUACAGCUGAUAGAAAGAUCAGAGUCAAGCUGUUACGGGGAUGAGUUACGAAUUAUACGACUUAGUUAGCGAUGACCAUUCCAAAAAAUAAUUCUGUUCACUAAAUUUGAGUUUUUACUUUACCAGGUGCAAUUUCAAGAUGGAAAAGAGUGUAUUGCCAUUCGAGAACUGUACAAUCUACUUAAAGACCAUAAAAAUCCCUAUGUGCAAGACCUCGUGACAGCAUCAUACGAGCACAAUUAUCGCGAGGAAUUAUCGAGCUUACUCGCAACAUCGCAACCACAAGAAUUGGAAGGCUGUGGGACAGAAAAUGUUGUUCGUGUCACUAUCGUUAACCCAAGUUUUCAACAGCCAUUAUCAAACGCGCUAGAAAAGAUGGUGGAAGCUAAGCUACAAAUUGACAAGUUUGGCUUUACACGCGACACGACGCUGCCGGUUUCUGAACGCGAAGAGAAACAUUUAUCAGAUAAACUCACAAUUCUCGUCAACGACAUCACCAUCGCAACGCAAAAGUUACAAUACGCCAGCUAUCGAGGCAAAGUGUACAAGAAAGAUCCAAGGGCAAUUUACACAUACACGUACAAGUGCGAAGCAAGGAAUUUCAUCAACACUCUCGCCGCUAAUGAGCAAUUUAAAUCGCGACUUAUCCAAUACAUGAAGAGGAUAAUUGAACUGUUGUCAGACCCACACUGCGAACUGUUUCGUCCCCUGGUCAUAAGUUACGACCUUAUAGAAGUCAACGAUGGGGUUUGCUGGUCCCUCAAAGAUCGUGCAUUCAAAGAGAAUGCCAUUGAAGAGCGCCAAAUUGGAAAAGUAUCUCCCAGGGCAUUUUGCGCAUAUGAUCCAUCUAAACAUGCUGAUCCAAAGUACUUUCGGGAAAUCCUAGCGAAUAGCCUGUCUGAAAACGAAGUUUCAACAUUCUGCGGUGAUUUCCUAAAACUGCUAAACUACAACGGGAAGCAGCACAAAGAUAAAGUACCCUGUCUCGUUCGAGAUGCGAAUAGCGGAAAAACAAGUUUGUUUUUUCCGAUACAAGGGCUCGUACACCAUGGCAACAUCGCCACCGUCACGAAGCAACGGGCGUUCAAUAAGGCCAUGAUCACCCCAUUCACAGAAGUCAUAUUCAUCGAUGAGGCAGACGAGAAAACACUCGACGUCGCCGACUGGAAAAUCCUAACGCAAGGAGGAUAUACCGCUCACGACGUUAAGUAUCAGACGGCUAAAGCAUUCCUUAACAAGUGCCCGAUGUUAGUGACCGCGCAGCGUAUGCUCGAUUUCGGUCCCGCCGACCAGCCAGCAAUAGAUAGACGUCUGCGCACGUAUCAGUUCAAGAGCCUCCCGAAUCCCAAACGAAAGGCGGCAGCGUGGCUCAAAAAGCACGCCAUGGAAUGCGUUGUUUGGGCUGCUGAAAAGGCAAAACCAUGUGACGAUGCCAGCGAGGACGAAAUCGAUACCGAGAGCGACGAUGACAACGACGUAGAUGACGAGGAAGGUCUUUUGAAGGAGACGAAAAAGGAAGCACUUAGGUCGCUGUCACUUGCGAAUCCACUGGCCACUGGCGAGAUCAACAUUGCACUUUCGACAGACGAAGAAGAGGACAAUUGCGAUGAAGAUGGUGUAAGUAGCACCUCGAUCGACCGCCUCGAUUUGUUGAGGGAAGCCGCAAGCAGAUCGCACCCAGAGAGUCUACGACACAGGCAAGUGCAGCACAUGCUGAUGGAGGAGGAGAGGAAACGAGCCGAGGAAGAGCAGAGAAAACGACAGCAGCACCUGAGGCGAAAAUCCAUGCUGAGGAAGAACGGAGUGAGCACCCAGAACGCAGAGUUGCUUCCGUUAGACCCGGGCGAAGAGAUGCCCACUCCAAUUGUUCUUGAUCUCGAAGAGAAUCGAAGAGCACAGAGAGAACACCUGGUACAGCAGCACCGCGAGAAGGCACGUUUAGUCUUCGUUGGUUCUUGGCUGCGUUCCGCGGAGAAGGAACUUGACGANAACAUUGCACUUUCGACAGACGAAGAAGAGGACAAUUGCGAUGAAGAUGGUGUAAGUAGCACCUCGAUCGACCGCCUCGAUUUGUUGAGGGAAGCCGCAAGCAGAUCGCACCCAGAGAGUCUACGACACAGGCAAGUGCAGCACAUGCUGAUGGAGGAGGAGAGGAAACGAGCCGAGGAAGAGCAGAGAAAACGACAGCAGCACCUGAGGCGAAAAUCCAUGCUGAGGAAGAACGGAGUGAGCACCCAGAACGCAGAGUUGCUUCCGUUAGACCCGGGCGAAGAGAUGCCCACUCCAAUUGUUCUUGAUCUCGAAGAGAAUCGAAGAGCACAGAGAGAACACCUGGUACAGCAGCACCGCGAGAAGGCACGUUUAGUCUUCGUUGGUUCUUGGCUGCGUUCCGCGGAGAAGGAACUUGACGAGUGUGUAGAAAAGUACAGUCGUGCAGACGAUCCAUACAUGCGAAGUAGCCUGAUGGCGUACCAGGAGGUCCUAUCCGACAAGCUGAAGUUCCACCAUCAGAAUCUUGGGACCUUCAACACGGAGGAAGCGGUGGCGGAACGUAGGAGAGUCUGCGUGGAGCUGGGAAUACUGCGCGAAGCAGACCAGCUCAUGCUAAAAAAUGUGACGGAACCCUUGCCAAGACCGACGGAAGAGCAAGGUGUGGCAGAAGCCGAGGCGAGUACCGAGGACGACAGCGCCGAUGAGGUAUUUACCCAGGUUCCUAGCUGGCAGACGAACCACUUAGAGUUUUUGAGGACCUGUCAGGGCGAGCAGCAACUCCAGAAAGGGACGAAGAGGGCAAGAAAACAGGAAGGGCGAGUUCGUGCAAAGAGCCAGAAGGACAGUGGCUGCAGCAACAGUGAGAACACAAUCCUCAAGUACUUUUCCAGCCAGAAGUAG